GGGAGACUGCUUUUCCAUUUUAAUCCAAAGGGAUUAAACUAAAUUAAUUGUUUACUUUGUUUGGAGCAUUCUGAUGUCUUGUGUAGGAAUUUUAUCAUCAAGUUUUUGUGCUUCAUGCCAUGUCAUAAUUGAAUCAAUGUUAAUUAAAUCUCCGGUAGAUGUGUGACCGACGAUCACCAAAGCACAAAAUUUUGAAAAAAUGAUCUUCAUUAAAUCAUCGAUAAUUCAUGAUGUAACGAUGCGAUCCAGAGAUGCCUCCUCCUCGUCAACUUCGAUAUCGACGCGAUCUGCGCAUGCAAGAUCCUCCAGCACCUCUUCAAAAACGACAACAUGCUGUACACAGUCGUUCCAGUUCAAGGAAUCUCCGACGUCUACAGGUCGUACCGCGAGAACUGCGACGACGUGAAAUACGUGGUAAUGAUAAACUGUGGGGGAAUAAUCGACAUUGUGGGUCACCUCGAGCCCCCAGAGCACAUCACCUUCUUCGUGGUAGACAGUCACAGGCCUUUUGACCUCUGCAACAUCUACUCCGAGAGUCAGAUAAGAAUCCUCCACGUGCCACUCGACGAGGACGAUAUCCCAGAGUACGAGGAGGUCUUCAGGGAUGAUUCGUCGGACGAAGAGGAGCAGGAGGAGGACUCCGAUGAAGAGGAGUCCCGCCAGUCGAAGAGGAGACGCCUCAACGAGGAGGAUAUGCUCCGGAAACGACAACGAAGGGAGUGGGAGGAGAAAAGGGACACAAUUCUCUUUAAUUAUUCACAAUACAGCCAUUAUGGCAAGUCAUCGGCAGUUCUCAUGUUCGAAAUGGCGUGGAGAAUGUCAAAAGACUCUCUGGACAUGGUGUGGUGGGCGAUCGUUGGCUCCACUGAACGAGCUAUCUUGAAUAAAGUCGAGUCCCAGGUCUCCGUCCUGGAAGCGGGAAACCUCCAGGGACAAGUAUCGAGGCUGAGCCAUCGUCAGGGUGUGGACGCAGAGAAGCAACAGCAGAGUGCACUGAAAAUAAUCUACGACAAGGAUCUCCAACUAGCCCUAUACCGUCACUGGACAGUUGAGUCGAGCCUGAGGCACUCGAUGACAACGGCAGUGUCCCUACGACUUUGGUCAAUUAGGGGUGAGCAGAGGUUGAAGGAGCUUCUGGCAGAGAUGGGCCUACCCCUGGCCCAGUCGAAGCAGAAGUUCUCAUCGAUGGACCUGAAUCUUCGGCAGGAGUUCAGGCAAAUGGUGGAGAACCUGGCAACCAAAUAUCAUGUUGAGGACGUCCUUGGUGCCUCUUUCACACUCCAAUUUGGCUACAAGUUCAAAUACUGUGCAAGUGAUAUUGUCUACGCAAUGUUGGCGCUGUUGGAGUCCUCCAGCAAAGACAGUUCCCCCCACCACUGUUUCCUAGACGCCAUGGAUUGUCUCUCGAGGAUGAAGAAGGAGACCCUGGAGAAGGGGAUCGAUAAGGCGAAGGUCAUGCUGGCGAGUAUUUUUAAGACUGCUCAAGGGAUUCUUGAGAUGAAGAAGGUGAUGAAUGCUGGAUCAUUUUUGUAUGUUAUCAUCCCUGAGGGAGUUGUUGACAGCAGACUGUUUUCACAUCCACACACAUUGCUCAUGCUUGCCCAGUUUGUGCUCAAGGCUUAUGUCGCAAGCACCAAGAGAAAGGGAGCUGCUGCUGCACCUCUCGUUGCGUCAGCUAAUUAUGAUUUCGAGGAGGAGACUUGCCUGCUGGUGGGAAUCCCUCCUGUUUGUGAAGAUCAACCGAGAAGUCUGUUUGGAAAAGCCUUUGAGCAAGCAGCUAAGAACAUCAAUGCCGUCAUGGAUGCAGACUACUUCGAUACCACAAUUAUAAGACUGAAAACACAGGAUCGCUCAAACUUCUUCGACGCUCUGGCAACUCUCCUCACGUAAUUCCCCCCUCUCCACGAAAACCUUAUUUUUUUACACGACAAUCUUGAUAAAAUCAUGUAGAAUUUUCCUUUUAAUUUAAUUUAAUUUCAUUGUACAUACUACUGUCCACAACAGUUAUCGCAUAAUCGUUUUAUCAUCGGCGACCUGUAUAGCUUUAAUUUAAUUAACUUUCGGAUUAUUUUUGGGAUUGAUGGGAGUUUAGAAUUUAAUUUUCGUCUCAUUGCGUGCGACAAGUUGAUGAAAAAUACUGGACCCUGUUUUAUUCGAUGGAUAACGAAGAAUGAUAUGCUAAAUGGAAAAAAAAUAUAUUUCUAUUAUUUUUCAUUUAUCGUAUUACUUCGUCUAUCGAAUUUCUCAAAUUGAAGAUGAAAAAUGCGGCCAAUCGAUAAUAGGUACAGCUCUCAUCUUCAUCGAAUAUACCAUGAUAUUUUUAACCCCGUGACAUUAAAAUAAAGUACUGAGUAUAAUCACUUGGUGCCUUAUAAAUUGAAUUGAUGUAUCAUCAUUGGUGUAAAUAGAUCGAUUUACUGUGUAUGAGUGAUACUAGUUUAGGACAUAUUACUGUCAAUUCCUUUCGUUAAUAUUAAGCUCCGACAAUAAAUAAAUUAUAAUGAAGA